CAAAAGCCUGGCUGGGGAAGUGCGGAGGUCACAACAACAACAAACAACACGGGAGGUACAGUAACAAUUGCCACAGCGGCUGAGCCAUAUUCCAAGAAGCAAGCCCUCAAUGAUGAAGAACACGGAGAGUCGAGAUGCUUCUGUUGAACAACCACAAGCCAGCAACCACUCCUACGAUACUACCCUGGGAAAUAUUGGUGAGAAGAAUGGAGGGAAAGAAAAGAAAGAGAUGGAGUCAGUGAUUGGAAAUCAGCGUCCAACUACAUUUCCCACCAGUCUUGAUUCCAAAUUCUCCUCACUUAGUGAGGCCCUUGAUGAUAUUAUCAGUAGUAGCAUCCAGGCAUUACCAAUGUCAUCCCCACCAGCACUGCAUCAAGAUGACAGACCUGGGGCUCAUGCGGUGGCGGGGAUUAGACCAAUAUUUUAUCGCCCAAGAAGUAGGCCAUUGGCUGGAAUGGACAUGGAAGGGUUGAGAUUGGAAUUGGUGCCUACAUCUCAAAAUGACAGAGACCACGACAGUGGUCUUAUUCAUGCUGAUCCAGUUGAUGACUCAGAAAAUGGGACGAUUCCCAUAGCAGAGCCAAUGACAACAAGGGCAAAAAGAUUAUGGAAGAAGAAACUAGUCUUAUUCCUUUCCCUGGAAACAAUAUGUGCCCAAGUUCUUGUUGCAAUUUUUAUUGUGGCAUUCCUUCUUGCUCCGAAAUCGAGUCAUCAAACACAGUCCGCAAUGCAGCAAAAUGGAGUGAUUCCAAUACAAGAAAAUCCAGGGACGGUAGCUCCAAACACACAAGCAACAACAUCACUAUGGGAAAGACUAAACCUACCUGAAUACACCCUCAGGGCAAUGGAAAAUCCUAGGUCGCCCCAGACCAAGGCAUAUCAAUGGCUAAGCAACAAUAUCAACAACUCAAACAAUACACAACAUCUCCCGGUAUGGAGACUGCAGCAAAGGUUUGCACUGGCCACAUUUUAUUAUUCAACACGGGGGGACUAUUGGGUAAAAAAUCAAGGCUGGCUGGAUUGGGACACCAAUGAGUGCAACUGGGAACAACUUCCUGGGCAUUAUUGGGACCCAAAUCCAGCACCUUAUUGUGAUGACAACGGGCAACUACUUUCAUUGCAAUUUAUGCUUGCCAACAAAUUGGAUGGAACAAUGCCGCCAGAGAUAUCCCUGCUUCAAAAGAGCUUGGAAAGACUUAGAUUUUCUUGGAACUACCAACUAAAAGGAAAUAUACCAACAGAGGUUGGGCUGAUGACAAAGUUGACAUCCUUGUUUCUCGGCACAACACAUUUGUCUGGCAGGCUUGUAACAGAACUCGGUCAGCUACACAGCUUGGAGACACUAGGGAUCGCAGGUAGCAAGCUUGUUGGAACUUUACCUACUGAGCUGGGCACCCUAAGCAACCUCACAAUGUUGCUAGCUGAUGGAGUGAACCUUUCUGGGUCAAUCCCCACUGAGAUUCUUCGAUUGUCAAACCUGAAGAGCAUGGGUUUCUCAGGGUGCCCUCUGUUGGAUAUAACAUCUUUCGUCCCUGAGGUGGUUGGAAAAAUGCAUAAUUUGGAGAUGCUUUUUCUAGAUCUAGGGAAACCUGGGAGGUUGGCAUCAAUUCCAUCUGAAGUUGGCAAGCUGACCAACCUGGCAACCCUGAGUUUGAACGGCUUCCAACUUAAUGCCCCCCUGCCAAGUGAGCUUGCACUGUUGACAAAUUUAGCCUACUUGACCUUGCAGGGGAACUCAAUCUCAGGAACUUUGCCAGAAGAGUUAUCAAAGAUGUCACAAUUAGAGUUCUUCAACAUCCAAUCCAACAAGUUGGAGGGAAAAAUCCUGGAACAAGGUGUCCUCCACCAACUCAACAAGUUGUGGCUUUUGAAAAUAAGUGACAACCUACUCUCGGGCUCUCUUCCCACAGAAGUUGGUUUGUGGUCUCGCCUUGUGAACCUUGAACUACAAAACACAAGAAUAUCCGGCACCCUUCCCACGGAACUGCUUUUGUUGGACAACUUGACCAGCCUGGUAGUCAUGAACACAUCCCUUACAGGCAGCAUCCCUCAUGGACUGUGCGAAAAAGUGCUCCUCCCACAGGAAAAUCGUUGUUUUGGGGGCAGUUGCUAUGGAGUGGCACCAACUAAUCUGUCAGUGUGUCAUGGAGCUCAACUGUGUGGGUGCAGUUGCACUCCUUGCCCAAUUACCUAGCUAGAACAUAAUCUGGGAGGAGUGAUGAUCUGCUGUACAAGCGGAGCAACCAGUGGCUGGCAACAUUCUCUCCCGUCCACGUCACGCCUCUGUCCGACUUCAUAGUCUAAUGGCGACUAUACUGAAGGCAUGAUGUUCUCUUCUUUGUAUUGGGACAAUGCAAAAGACAAUGAGCUGAUCGUCCAAGCGAAAGUGAAGACGUGUCUCGAAUGUGGGGCCAUAAACCUCCUCAGAGCUUCCUGAUUGCUUGGGUAAGAGGCUGCCAAGACGGCAAGAUCUUCCUGCAAGCAUUCAUCGAGUACGAGAAACUGCACGAGUCGUUGGAGUCUCGGUUGACCUUCAUAUAUGGUGCUGAUGAAGAGCAACCUGAAGAUCAAAAACUGGCUGUACCCGACCCAAAGGAGCCUCCUCUGAAGAAGCAACCCUAUCAUGUCGACCCCAGCACCCCCGUCAUCAGCGCUACCGGUACCCCCGCUAGCCUACCUACGAAAAAGUGAUGGAAGGCUUGAAGCUUCAGCUGGCUUUGGACAGCGUCUUUCAACUCUGUAAAAAUAAAGGCGACGACCUCACGGUGGCAAAGAUUCGGUGUAGGCCCAAGGGUGCAAUGCUCGCACCAAGGAAGACCUCAAGUACCAGUACAAAAGACUGACCUCGGGAAGCUCGAGGUUCAUCAAUACAUUGCUUGUAGCCAACGCCUUGAAGAGAACGCGGGCUAUCACAUGUAGAAACUGUGGUGGGCUUUGUUCCUCAGUGGCAUCACUCUCCCCGUUCCACCGCUGAAGGAAAACUCCACGACAAGCGGUGCCAUCAUGGUUGCUUACUCCUCCGACGACUGUGCCGAAACCUUGGAGUUGACAUCCGACAUUCAUGGUCCAGUCAAGCCUGCUUCACCGUAUGCUCCUACCAAAAGUUCUAGCCUUCCCGUGAAUUGAGACUUGUGCAGCCUCAAGCGUGUCGUCGUCUUCCCGUGACUUUCAAGCCACGUUGUUAGUUACUCGGAGGGCGAAGCAGCGAAGUUUAGUCGUCCGCCUUCAGCCCACGUCGCUUCCUUAGUGUUGGGCGGUCUACAAACCAUCCGUCAAUAUCAUUCAAUUGAAGGAAAGCGCUAGUUCCGCACUGUCGCCCAAGGUUCACUACGUGACGAGAUUCGAGCAAGCACUCUGCACUACAGUAGACUAGUUAUUAGAAUUCCGAUUCCAGCUCUGC